CUUCCACGAGACGUCACGCAAAUGAGGAAGCAGGCGCGCGAGAGUGAGUUGAGGGACCAGACAGUGCCUGCUCAAAAUGGUGUCUCUCAUCUGCACCUUACAAAGCCAUCGUGAUGAUGUAAACUGGUGCGCGUUCUCCUCCUCCCUGCUGGCCACCUGCUCUGCAGAUAAGACCAUCCGAGUCUACUCUACCCAAGACUUCACUGAGCUGCCCUUCUCGCCGCUGUCUGGACACGGUUAUGGAGUCCACUGUUGCUGUUUCAGCCCUUGUGGUCAGUACCUGGCUUCCUGCUCCACUGACGCCACCACAGUGGUGUGGGCGAUGGACACUGGAGAGAUUGAGGCUGUUUUGGAGCAUCCAGGCAGGAGCCCAGUCAGGGUGUGUGCUUUUUCACCCGACUCCUCUUGGCUAGUGUCCGGUGCAUCAGAUGGAACCCUGGCGUUGUGGGACUUCCCCUCAAGAACACUGCGCAGGACGGGUGCAGUGCCCGACACCACGAUGGUGGCCUGUUCCUUCACCCCCUGCGGCCAGCUCUUCGCCACAGGCUCCACGUAUGGAGACCUGCGCAUCUGGGACCUGAGCAUGAACCAGCUCCAUGCUGAAAAAUACGCCCACGACCUUGGGGUUACCUGCUGCCAGUUUUCUCCACAGAUAAUGAAGUAUGGUCAUGCGGUCCAGUUCCGAUUGGCAUCCUGUGGUCAGGACAGCUUACUAAAGAUUUGGAUUAUUUCUCGGACCUCCUCUCCAGGUUGUAAGAUGCAGCUGGUACACACACUCUCCGGGCAGUCUGCUACAGUCCUGUCCUGCGCCUACUCUGCAGAUGGGCAACUUUUAGUGUCAGGGUCUAUGGAUAAGACUGUUGCGGUAUAUGAAGCUAAUAAUGGUAUCUUACUCUAUACUUUGAACCAGCACGAGAGGUAUGUGACCAGCUGUGCCUUCUCACCUACUGCCCCGCUCAUAGCCUCUGGCUCCAUGGACAAGACAGUAAAUGUGUGGAGGGUGGAGGAUGGCAGCAGUGGUCAUGCAUCUGGACCUGAAGGCAAAUCUCUUCCAAAUGAAGCUGCUUCUGCCUCACACGAAGCAGGCAGGAAAUGGCCGGGUCACUCCAGGCUGAUGGUGAGCGAGUGGUCAGAGGACGAUGUGUCGUCAUGGCUACUGGAGGAGGGGCUGGAGAGCCUUGUUGACACUUUUAAGACCAAUAACAUUGAUGGUGCAGAGCUGCUCUCACUCAGUAAGGAAAGCCUCAGCUCGGACCUUCAUAUAGAGUCGCUGGGCUUGCGUAGCAAGGUUCUGCGGAAGAUUGAGGAGUUGAGAAUGGCACCAGUGUCCAACGGAAUUCCUGACGAGUUCCUCUGCCCAAUCACACACGAGAUCAUGAAGGACCCAGUAAUUGCUGCAGAUGGGUAUUCAUAUGAGCGGGAGGCCAUCGAGAGCUGGAUCAACACUAAGAGUCGCUCAAGUCCCAUGACCAACCUGCCACUGCAAACCACACUGCUCACCCCGAACCGGACCCUCAAAAUGGCCAUCUGCCGCUGGACCAGCAGCCAGUGACACUCCAUGCUCUCUUCCACAGGUCCACCGUGCUGAACUCCAGCAGUGUCGCUCAAAAUUACUAUGCCAUAGCCUAAUAUUAACUGCAGCAUUUUCAGUAGAGAUUAGAGCAUUAGGCCUGUAAAUGUGGAGCUGUAGGUGGAAGAUCAAUGAUGCCACUCAACACACUCAGCUUUGGAGCUUUACAGAGCAUGCUACAUAUGAUCAAUGAUCCUCAAGGCCACUCCAACUUCUCAACUGUAGAGCAGCUUAUCAGUAAAUCUGCAAGCUCAAAUACAAGAGCAGAAGUGCCAGGCCCAGUCAAACAGGCCCGCUAGCUUCCAGCGCAGUUAAGUCAAAUAAGGCUGUAUUUGGAAUGUUGGGAGCUAACUUAGAGCAUAAAUAUGGAUUAGUUGGAGAUCUUGACACUAGUCUUGAGAUACGUGUGCGAUGCCAUCCCCCUGGAAUUCACCUCGACAAACUGAAUGUCUUUAAACUCAAAUCUCUUUUUCUUUUCCAAAAUUUUGCACUGAAUAUAGUUUCUCAUCAACACAUGGUAUAAUGUAAAUCGACCAUGUUGGCAAGUAUUUGCGCCCUUGUAAUGUGUGUGCAGAAGACAGAGACUUAAGUCCUGAGCAUGCUGGACUGUCACUGUACCUCAGCACAGUAUGCCACAGCAGGUCUUCUUUUUUUUGGUGGCCUUUUUCAUUUCAAUGCUAGCUAAUAUUAAAAAAAAAACUUUAAGGUUGUGUAGCAAUUACAUUUAUAGCAUUAGCAUUAUACUGGGUGGUUCUUAAGAGUCACAUAAACUUGCCUAAAUAUCAUAAUACUUUGUUAUGUAUACUGCUGAUGUACUGUAUAUGUUUCAGUGAAAUAACCUUUAGCCUAUAUAAUGACUAUUUUCCUUUGUGCUAUAUUUUAUCACUAGCCGCAACAGAUGCAUGGUAAUGCUGGAGAUAUGUAGCGUUGGCACUGUGUUAAAGCAGGUAGUGGAAUGACUGGGAAUGCGGUUUUGGACAGAAUGCCUUUCACAGAUUAAUAAUUGUGUAUAUAUAAAUAUAUAUAUAUAAAUAUAAAAUCACUUACCAGAUAGCAAUGCAAUUUUAAUAAAACAUAAAAACCAA